UUUCUACAUGUAUCGCUAUCUUUCUUUUUCUUUCUACCGUCUUUUCAAGUGUAACCUGCCUCUACUUUCUCAUCUGUCUGCGUAGCGCUGUCUGUUGAGACGUAAUGUUUACCGCCGAGAAUGCAUAGAUUUGAUUGGCUGAGUGGUAUCACGUGGGAUGGCUUAACUCGCAUGCAAUUGGUCUGUGCGUUUCCGCAUCCGCUAAACCACUACCGUAAAGACUGCAAAAGCUGCGCCGCGCCGCCGGGUAAAAAAAUUAAAACACCGUCAGGUUUUAAAUAAUAACCUUCUGUUUUGGCUGGCGGUCCGGGUCCGGAUGGGACGGCCUCUGGGUCCGGACCCGGACCGCGGUCCGCCAGUUAGUGACCUGUGAUUUAGAUAAUGAUAAUCCCAUACUGGACUGACGGACAUUUGAUUGUCCCAUUCUACCGAAAGUCCCUGAAUCCAUCCGAUCGGAGGUUAGAGGGGAACGAGAGAGAACCGAAGCGAGACGUGACUGACUUCUGGAAACUUUGCUACCUCCAGCGGCUCUACACCCAGAACCCACUGGCACACCUUAUGAAGUAAAACACGGGCUGAGCCAUGGCCAGUAUUCAGAUCCGGAGGUAUCGGGACGCCGACGUUGAGGCGGUGAAGGAGAUCUUCACCAUGGGGAUGAGCGAGCACGUGCCUUCGUCCUUCAUGCAUCUCCUGAAACAGCCGCCGACCCAAAUGGUGCUCAUGUGCGUGUUCUGCGCUCUCAUUACCAGCUCCAAGUCCUUCCUCCUCCCCAUCCUCGCCGUCACCCUCCUCCUGGCCGGGGCCAGGCAGUUCGUCGUCCACGUCUUCAACCGGUACAUCGACACCUCUCUCGAGAAGGACCUCAACGACAUCAACGGAACCUACAUGGAGAAGAAGGACUCGUGCUUUUGGGUGGCCGAGGUUGAGGACCGGGUGGUCGGCAUCGUGGCCUGCCUUCCUCACGAGAAAACGCCGGCGUGCUUGGAGUUGAAACGCAUGUCGGUUCUCCGCAGCCACCGCGGGAUGGGCAUCGCUAAGACCCUGUGUCAGACAGUAGCCGGUUUUACCCGUGACAGAGGUUAUGCGGCGGUCAUCCUGUACACGUCUGUGGUGCAGACGGACGCUCAGAAGCUGUAUGAGCACAUGGGCUUCGAGAAGAUAAGAGAGUUCGUUGUUCCGGAGAUCGCUGCCAAAAUCAUCAACUUCACUCUGAUUGAAUACAGACUCGAUUUACAGAAAGAUGGGAAAAGCGACUGAGUGGUCUUUAAAGUGAGACGCGCGAGGACUGGGACAUUUCACGGCGUUUAUAAAUUUAGAUUUAUUCGGUCAUAGCCAACACCGUUUUUUUAACAGCAUACUUCACACAUUCUGUUCAUAUUAGCAUUAACAAAGGAGAGCCUGUUGCUCUUUGUUUUGCAGGACACUUAAUGUACUGAGGUAUCAAAGUAUUGUCCUCCGACAUAUCUCAUACGCGUGUGUUAUUUCUAGUUUUCUACGUCACCUUUUCAUUAAAAUACCCAUUCUUUCAGUUCCUCGUUUUCUGCUAAUGAGCUGUGUUAUAUCACCAGAGCAAUCUCACCAGUCGUCAGCUCCGUUCGUACCAAGAAUAGGAAUGUGCUCGGGGAACUGUUUUCCAGUGCGUCACUCUGAAACAGACCUGCAGCUUUACAAUUUUCCUCUUUUUUCCUCAUCAACACAUUUGUUCUGCUGAAGGCCCAAAAGAGAGUCGGGCACCUGUUCAGCCAAACAGGAUGAACACGUCUCUGCUUUCUGCGAGCCGGAGGAAGGUUGUGGACACAGGCGGGCGAGGAUCCUGCCGGGAACUGAACCACAUUUUGAUGGGUUUGGGUAAUACUGAAGUUCUGCCCUGGGCUUUGUUUUGCAUCCCGGAUGCUACACGGUACCCGACUGAUGCUCACAAACUGGGAAGUUGUCAGAUUGUUUUAUUUUGGUUUCAUAUCAAACUUGUAAAUUCAAUCAGGAUUCAAGGAACAGGUUAUGCCAGGUUAUAAAGUGAAACACGGAACAGACACACAAAAUAAUAAAAUACAGCAUAUAAGAAAUGUGGAUUCACAAGCAAUUUAGUUGAAUUGUCUUUUCAUUAACAUGGUUGAUUUUGGUUUCCAACUAUACAAGUGUAUACAUUUUCCAUGUUAAUUUCCCUUGUCUUUCUCAGUCCUUUGUAUUGUUCUUCUUAUUUAAACAAAAUGUAUCUAACUUAAUUUAACAUUAUUUGCCUUACAGUACACAUGACAUUUGUCAGUGGUAUUAUGUACAAAAUUAUCUAUUAAAACAUGAUUCACGCAA